AUGGGGAUACGGCACCUUUUUCUGCUCCUCAUAUACCUGGAUCCCCUGAGCGUUCUCUGCGCCGGGACGGGAAGCAAGAAGAUGAAACCGGUGACCAAGCGGACUCCCAAGGCGAAAGACGCCAACAUCACCGCGGCGGUCCCCACCGCUGCGCCGCUGAAGAACACGACCAAGGACUACGAUACCUGCACGGGUUACUACGACGUGAGCGGACAAUUUGACAAAGAGUUUGCGUGUAACAACACGGUUCACCGCUACUGCUGCGGGUCCUGCUUCCUGCGGUUCUGCUGCCAGGAAAAAGAAAAAAGAGUAGACCAGUCAAGCUGUAAAAACUACAACAAGCCGGACUGGGUGAAAACGCCCCCCCCGUCGCCAGCCUCUACGGGACAGCCUUUUGACCCCAGUAUGGACCAGACGAACACUGCGGUGUACAUCACUUGUGGGAUCAUAGCUUUUAUUUUAGUGGUGGGAGUUUCGGCUAAAGUUGCCUAUGACAAAGCCACAGAGCCCCCUCAGGAAAUGAAUAUCCAUAGGUAAGUCAGAAUGAAUGAAUUAAUAAAUUAUUGAAUAAAUUAAUGAAUUAAUGAACGAACGAAUAUCCAUGUCUGCUUGGGUGCAAAGCCCCCUUUUAACCAGGUUGAGCCAUGUCCUGCUUUACAGUAUUGACACUGCUUAUACAAAUGAUUCUAUCACCCACUAGUUCAAAUGGUACAUGCAUUUUGUUUUUAUUAUAUUUCAUUGGAUUAUACGGAAUUGAGAGUAAACGCCAGAAUGACAUUAAAUCUGGGACACUAGGCUAGUGUACACACUAAAAAAUGAUGGUUCUAAAUAGUACCAGAUAUGGGUUAUUUGCCUUGUAACCAUAGCAGAACCCCUUUUGGUGCUAUGUAGAACCUUUUUUAAAGGUUCUAUAAAGAACCAUGCUCAUAAGGUUCUAAAUGGAACCUGUAUGGUGCUAUAAAGAACCAUUCAAAAAGGGUUCCGCAAUGGUUACAACCCUUUUUGGGGCUAUAUAGAGCACUUUCUUAUGGUUCUUUAUAGAACCUUUAUGGAGAAUGGUUCUCAAUCUGAAAGGUUCUUUGUAGAUCCUUUUGAAGAACCAUACAGGUUUUUCUUAUUCUGGCCAGCCAUAUUAUAUUGUUAAACUUCAGUAGGCGUUACUGUGUUAAUUGACAAGUGGAAUCAAGUGAGUUACCUCUGAAAAAGCUGGGGGUUUCUGAGAAGAGAAAUGACAACCACUGACUGAUUUAAUCAACAACUCUCUAUUGACACAAUAUAAUAUAAUAUAACAUAACACAACACAUUAGACAAACUGGAAUGACACUCUCACUCACGGUUGCACAAAAAGAGCUAUGUGCAAACCACACCCCAAAAUAUUUGAAUGAGCCACCUCCCCAAAAUUUUAAUUAUCACUAAAAGAGCAAAUAACCCUUUUGUGAACUGUAAAGAACCAUUGAAGGGCUCAAAGGGUUAUUUGAGUCAUUAUGGUUCCACAUAGAAGCAUUACCCUUCCCAAAUAACCUUUGAGGAACACUUAUUUUUUAGUGUGUACACAUGAAAGCCCAAAAUAAUUGCAGAGGUGUUCAAAGGGAAAUAUUUACAUGAUUUGGUUAGGCUGGCAUACCAAGUGUGUGGUGAAGGACUGAUCCUACUGAUGUAUAUAUGUAUAUAUAUAUAUAUAUAUAUAUAUAUAUAUAUAUUUUUUUAUUUUUAUUUUUUAUUUUAAUUUUUUAUGUUUCACUGCAUGUGUUGAAUCUGGUUUAUGCAUCAUAACAUCAAGCUGAUGUAAAAAUAUAGAGAGCGCUGACAAAUCCCUUAAAAUUUAAAUGGAUAAAUCCAGACGCACAACAAUGUCUAUGCACAUUUCCCUCGUAAAAUACUCAUAAAAUGUCAAGGCCUUUGCUAAGUCAAGACAACCAGCUUGUCAUAGAUCAUAAAAUAGAAAAUAUAACCUAUUCCAGCCCCCCCCCCCCCCCAUCUAACUCUAGUUCCAUAUCACCUAUCAUACCAACACCAACACGUUCUCUGUGGUGGUGGUGUGGGCAUUCUCAGACUGCAGUGGUGAACUGACAUGGGUUAAACAGGGUUAUGUUGGAGUCUUCCACAAAGUAGCUGUCUGUAGUUAUGUGUUUUCUCAGCUGUUUUCCCGGCUCCCUCUGGGGCUUUGCCACAUUACAUUUACCACAGACUAGUGGACAACACAUGAUGCUGGAGAGCACACAUCAAUGAGGAACUGCUGAUACACAUUGUAGUCUCCCUCUAUGAAACAUGGUCCUUCUAUACAUGCAUGACGCAACACUGGAGUGAUCUAGAGACAUUCAAUACUGUGUCACGCACAGGCGGCAGGUGGCACCUUAAUUGGGGAGGACGGGCUCAUAGUAAUGGCUGGAGCGGAAUUAAUGGAAUGGUAUCGAACAAAUCAAACACAAUGGUUUCCAUGUGUUUGAUACCAUUCAAUUCACUCCCUUAUUAUGAGCCGUUCUCCCCUCAGCAGCCUCCUGUGGUAUCACAUUAAGGAUCGUUAUAGUUGUCUGACAUGUCUGCACCACAGCGAAUCCAAUGAUAAAGUACAUAACAGCAAAUCACGGAUCUGAAAUAAAUGAAAACAGGAACAAUAUUUAUAGAACAGAAAAGGUUAUGCUGUAGAUAUAUUUGUCAUGCACAAGGCCUUGAGCAAUCGCAGCAACGCAAACAUAAUUUCAUUUCCUCCUCUUCAAAAGCUCUGCCAGAAAAAACAAAACAUUUUGGUUAUUUUCUGUCAUGAUGGUGUUGAGUUGUUCCAUUCCCUCUCUCCCUUCUCCUUCUCACCCUCGAGGGUGCCAUACCUCCGUACACACCUGGUGUCGGCCUGAAAAACACUCAAAUUCAACCCAAUUAUAACUGCUUCUCAUAAACUCAACUAUGCUUCUGUUUCUGUUGUUAGUAUAUUUGCUAUCGUCACUGUUUUAUUAAUAGAGUGGAUGUCCAUGCCCCCCGCUGACAUUUAAUUAGCAUAAUACACAACUCCAUAGAAUCUGUCCGUUUAAACUAAACAUAUCUAGCUUGGAUUGCGUCUCAAUCCACCGCAUCUGCCGAUGCCGGUCUUCCGCAUCUGCAGUGAAAGGUGGCAGAUCUACGGUGGUAUUUGUCAGACCAGGAGACAUCCCCAAAAUGUAGUGCCGAAAAGGGGUUAAAUAUGGUGAAAAAAUCUAAACAUAAUUUCCUGAUCUAUCUUAUAUCUCUCAGACACUUCAAAACGUACGUUUAUAUAUAUUUUUUUGACUUUCUGUUUUUCCAUGUAGUGAAUCUGUUAUUCAAUGUGUUUCUAUGGGCUAAUAGCAGUAAGGCCACAUUCAAUAUUCCAUCAAUAAAAAAAAUUCAAUUUUUUUGUACUUACAUUUUUAUACAAAUCAAAUAGCUAAAUGACCCUUGGUAUGACCAUCUUAAAACAAUUCCAUAUGUUAGCUUAGUAGAAACCCAGCCCCGGGCCCUUAUACCUUAAGGGGUUUAAUAACGGUUCUCUAUAAACAUUCAGUGCCAAAAAAGAAUGUACGCUCACUCACCUAGGAGUGUAGUGUAGAUGCUUGGAGAAGUGAGCUAAAUAGACGUAACAGUGACUUUUGGUGCACAAACUUAAUAAAAACCAAACAUGUUUUAUCUCUCUGUGUCCCCAGGGCCCUUGCAGACAUCCUGAGGCAACAGGGGCCCAUUCCCAUAUCUCAAUAUGACUGCGAGAACUUUUCAGCCAUGAACGGCUCUCCCAAAGACAACACUCCUCAACGAACCUCCUCCAAGAACCACUACACCCCUGUCCACCAGUCUAAGUCCAACCACGGUAUGUGACCUUUAUAGUAUCUAACCUUUAUAGUAUGGUACAUGUAUUCUACUGUUUUCUUCAAAGACAAAUUUGUGAAGUGGCACAAAUGGGCAAAUUGGUGAAGUAUUAUGAGCAUACUGGAGUGAAGUGUGUGAAUGUGUUGGUGCAUAAUCAUUAUGCUUCCAGUAGUGGUGCGUGGGUAUAAUCACUGGGGAAGCCAAGCCAGGAAAAAAUGGCCAUAUUACAUCCUCUGUGUUGUGAUAACUGCGUUGUUUGCUCUAUAACCUGUUAGUUCAUAUGCCUUGCCACCGUGAUAUAAAGACCUAAAGGCAGAGACAAUAAGAAGACACAGUGGCAGAAUAAAUUCAACCACACCUUUUUUUUUUUUCAUCACAAAACCGGAGAGCAACAUCUGUCCGGUGAAAUCCACAAAGCAUACUGCAUGUAACAAACAGAUACUUGACCUACAGCAUGGUCAAGCAAGGUAAUGUUUCUGACAUUUUCGGGCUACUAAACAACCAUUGAUUUAGAACCAUUGCACAGGAGCUGCCUCCACUAUUCCAGCACCAUGUCAACUUUAACGUUUCAACGUCAUCAAAUCACCUCUGCUUAUGCUCUAAUACAGUGACAAAUAAAAUAUUUAAAAAAUAAACAAUUUAGUCCAAUCAACGUAAGAUAAAUAUGAUGUCAAUGGUACAGAUUUCUGUGUGUGUGUGUGCUUGCAAGAAAAAACAACAUGUUGACUCCAAUGCCAUCCUCCUCUCUUUCAUGUUGCUGAAAUGGUCUAUGUCUGUCAUACAGUACACACAUUUCGUUCUUGUUGUCCUAGGCUACCUGGCUAAAAUGCUUCCUUGCUAGCCUAACUUAUUUUCAUGGGCAACGAUUAGCCAGCUAGUUAACAUUAGCCUACUACAUCUAGCUACAUAUUGAAUUUCCAUCCUCUCAGGCCAGGGGCACAAUGUAUGAAUUUAUGGUUGGAUCAGAAUCGCAGUUAUAAUCAUUGGCCAGUAUGGAGAAUUAAGUAAAACCACAGGUCCAAAUCCUUAUCUAUUUAGGAAAGAGAUCAUUUUAACUAGCUAGCUAGCCACCGGAGGACAACUGUCACGAAUUCCGCCGAGACUGCUCCUCCUCCUUGUUCGGGCAGGCUUCGGCGUUCGUCGUCCCCGGGGUACUAGCUGCUACCGUUUGAUGUUCUCUAUGUUUGUUUGGUUUUGUCUGUUUGGUGCACCUGUGUCUUAUCACUUAUUGAUUAUGUCACCUAUAAGUUUCCUUUGGUUUUGUUUGUAGUUGUGUGUUGUUGUCCGCCUGUCCGUUGGGGUUUUGGAUUUUGCGCUGGUGUAUUUAAGUGUAUUGACGCACUGUUUGCGCAUCGCUUAUAUUUCGUGUUUUACGCACUGUUUGCGUAUCGCUCGCCUCCGUUGCUUGAGGCCCGUUCUUUUUGUAUUGUCAUAUUUCUGACUAGUAAAGUCUGUUGGACUAAGCUUCUGUGUCCUGCGCCUGACUCCAACACCACAUCCACUUCAAACACUGACAACAACAGCACAACGAGAUGCAACAAUUCCAUUUUUUUCUGUCAAUUAUGUUUGGCUUUUGAAGUGAUGUGAUUGGUGUGAAGCCAAAUCCAAACUGGCUUCCCUUGACACUUUUUUUUGGUGCACCAUGAUCAUUUACAGUUGAUCUCGCUCAGUUUAGCUCAACGCUGAUUGGCUCUUAUUUUAUAAUUUUUGUUCAUCAAUGCUCGCUGGCUUCCCUUGUAUUCAAUGCUACGGGCGGCAACAAUGUCAUACUCUUUUGGACCAGACAGCAUCAGAUAGAUGGCCUACACAUACAGAGACAGAGGGGUGCUGUUUCGCUCGCUCGGAUGCUUUGUCAGAUGAGAUACAUUCUGCCUCUUCCGAAUUAAAGGAAAAUUAUGAAACACAGAGAGAUUAAAGAUAUUAUUUUAUAUGUUUUUUUCUUUUUUGGGGGUCCAUUUUUGUGGGGAAGCCAGACUUUCCUUGGAAUCCAUGAGUACACGUCACUGUGUGUGUGUGUGUGCGUAUAUGAGUAUCCCAUUGUGUGUUUAUUCAGUUUCUGUGUUGAUGAGGGCACACGUUGUGUGUCCACGGCAUGCUGCGCUCCCUGUCAGUGGUGUAAUCUCCUAUGUUAACAUCCCGUAAUCAUCCAAUUUGUGCAAGAGAGAGAAAGAGAGGGAGAGAGACAGUAGAGAGAAAGAGAGGGGGAGAGAGAGAGAGAGAGAGAGGGAGAGAGCAUAGAGAGAGAGUAGAGAGAGAGAGAGAGAGGAGAGAAGUAGAAGAUGAGAAGAAGAGAGAGAGAUACAUGAAAAGAAAGCGAAGAGAGAGUAAGAGACAGUAGAGAGAGAGAGGGAGAGAGACAGUAGAGAGAGAGAGAGGAGAACAGUAGAGCGAGAGAGGGACAGUAGAGAGAGAGAGGAGAGAGAAUAUAGAGAGAGGAGAGAGACCAAAGAGAGAGAGAGGAGAGAGAGAGUGAGAGAGAUAGAGAAACAGUAAGAGAGAGAUGGGCUUGUUAGCGUGGAUAACUGUGGCUAGCGAGGGAACAGGGCCGGGCCAUCUCUGACAGGAUGGAAACGACAGACCCUGGCACACAGAGACCGCAGUGAGACCGUGACUGCUCGGCACGCGGGGUAACGGGAUUCGACCACACGGCUGGGAAGUGGGAACAGAACACCACUGACAGGGGGUAUAAUCUGGGGAAUGGGCUCUCUGAAGCGAUACAGUUAACGUAACGAGACAGCUUUGUGGUUGUAGGAUUGUGAGGCAGGUCUGAGUCGAGAGAGAGGGAGAGGGAGAGGGAGAGGGAGAGUGAGAGAGAGAGAGAGGGAGAGCGAGACAAAGACAGAGAAAGGUGUUUGAGAGAUACACAGUGAGACAGAAAGCGUGAUUGAGAGAGGAAGAGACUGUGGCCGUAUCCGAAUACCCAUAUUUGCAUUCUAAAUAGUAGGCUGAUUGGGUACACGAAAAUAUUAUGUUUUCAUGUAUGUGACAUUCGAGUUAAACACCAGGAUGUCGUACUCAUUUCUGCUUUUCAUCUAGUACAAAUUCGCUGCUAUUAAGGAAGAUAAUCAGCUUUUCACGUGUGUUUGACAACAGCUGAUAAUCAGAUCGGGGGAGCAAAAUGAACGACUGGAGGGAAACAAUGCAGUUCAGCAUUAGAAGACGCGGUAUGCCUAGUAUGUGUAUCUGUUGCUUACUGCAUACAUUUUAACUAAACAGUUCUACAUAGUAUAUAGUACACAGUAUAGUUUUAGUAUGUAGACACGGCCAGAGACCGAGGUGUGCUCAGGUUUCAGAGGAAGUUAUGUUUAUUGUAGCUUGGAGAAUAGCUGUUUUCACUCUGUCCGGUAUCCACCUCAACACAUCAAGAGAAAGGGAAGACAGACAGACGGACCUAAAAACCCACUCAGCGGGACAGACAGACAGACCUAAAAACCCACUUAGUGGGACAGACAGACAGACCUAAAAACCCACUUCGUGGGACAGACAGACAGACCUAAAAACCCAAUCAGCGGGACAGACAGACAGACCUAAAAACCCACUCAGCGGGACAGACAGACAGACAGACCUAAAAACCCACUUAGUGGGACAGACAGACAUACCUAAAAACCCACACAGCGGGACAGACAGACAGACCUAAAAACCCACUUAGUGGGACAGACAGACAGACCUAAAAACCCACUUAGUGGGACAGACAGACAGACCUAAAAACCCACUCAGCGGGACAGACAGACAGACCUAAAAACCCACUCAGCGGGACAGACAGACAUACCUAAAAACCCACACAGCGGGACAGACAGACAGACCUAAAAACCCACUCAGCGGGACAGACAGACAUACCUAAAAACCCACUCAGCGGGACAGACAGACAGACAGACAGACAGACAGACAGAGGUGCAGGCUUGUCAGGUUUUGAGGCUCAUUUGGGUUGCAGAGCGUGGUGGGCUAUGUCGACCCCAGUCUGCUCCCAGUCAGAGGUCCCGUUUGCCCCCCUGAUUCACCGUAUCAAUCUAGUCAUAAUGCUGGGGCCCAACGAGCCAUGCAGGGGCAAGGGGGAACGCACUGUCGCACGCACCUACCUAGGGCUGUGGUGGUCAUAGCAUUUUUGUCAGCCGGUGAUUGUCAAGCAAAUAACUGCCGGUCUCACGGUAAUUGCCGUUAAUUAACAUAAACACAUUUAGCGUCUCCUGUCUUCCACGCAUCGCUUACAAGCCACUGAUGCAGACCUUUGGAACAUCUACAUUUGAAAAAGUCUAAUAAAUCCAGUUAAUAUAGCAUACACCAUCACAAUAAAUCCAUUAUUUAUUUUAGACAGGCCUAAAGAAACAUGAUAUCAAGAAAAUGUAUAGCACACUCUUGAGUUGUCCUUAUAUGAGGUCCUGAUCUGGCUAUGCUAUAUGGCUGUGGGCUACACUGGUUCAUUUAGCAUACAAGAUUUGCUUAGAAUUCCGUGGCAUUAUUUUAUAUGAUUUUAUAGUAUGCAGAAUACAACUGAACGUAGCUGAAUAAAAUAGAAAGGAUAUUUUCUCCAAACAGGGAGUGUGCACAUGAGGCUAUUCUGUGUUGAGCGGUUAACAAAGAAACAGGUCCUCCUAUAUGCUUCAUUUAGAGUUAUUAAUGCAACUUUAGUUGUGAAACAAACGUUGGGCUGUAUGUUUAGAUUUUUAAUACAUUCUAAGGCUGCGUGAUGCAACUCUAAUGAUGAUUUGAAAAAAGUCACAUGAAAGGCAUGAGCUCUGCUUUGUUUCUUGCGCAGGCUGCACACACUUCAUCAGUCUCUCAUUCACAAUUUGACGAGCGCUUGAUAAUGCCUCGAAUUUCCCGGCAGCAUCCCCCUUGUGUGGCCGUAAUGCCCCCUAAAAUAAUCCAUGCCUUUUGCGGCCAGUGGCUGUUGUGCUCUUGGGCUGAAUAUAAUCAUUACAAUUCCCUUCUCCUGGGCACCUCUCACUCACAUGGCUCUCUCAGAUAUCUCAAUUCUUAUUAUCCAAUGAACGUCACGUGAUCGGGUCCUUCUCACAGGCAUCUCAGCUCCGAAGUAGGCUACAAGUGAAGACAGACACAUCGGGGACUCAAAUGCCUUCUUAUCGAAUUCCGAGGUGCAUAUUGAAGAUGUUAGAAGAGCUGUCUACAUUUACUUUUCAUCAGCCAACGAGAUGAGUAGGUCUAACGAACUGCAAAAGCAAUCUACUAUCUCCCUAUUCUAUUGGUCAUCUUGUCCUUCUGUGCGAGAAAUAAAUAUUCCAAACAUAGUCUGGGACAGUUGUGGGAUUCGAUAGAUCCCACAUUAAUACAACCACUGACAUCAAAAAACCUUUUAAACCCAAUGAGGAUGAUGCAACAGAUCAGAACAUUUAGCUUAAAAUGUUGAUAAACUUAGGCUAUUUCUUCACAUUAUAAGUGCAGCAAUGAGCACACGGCAGUAAGCUAUAAUCGCAAAUGUUCCAAAAUGCAAUUAGCGGGAAAACAUCAUUCUCCAAAGUGACCGCAAAUGUGAUUUUGCAUGUAAUGCUUUAUUAUAAAGGUGCAUUUUUAUGGUGAAAAUUAUCUUUCCCAAACUUGAAACUCACACGCCGCCUAAAUAUUCCAGUUAGGCUCUACACCGGUUGUAAAGCAGAUUAAUGUGCUUAAUUUUAAGAAGUUUUUUGGCCACUUUAGUUAUGAUACAAACCUUAUCAAAACAUGUAGGCCUAUGGGCUAGGCUACAUGAGGUGUGCGACUAUGAUUUUAAAAAGUUGCCAGAAAAGGCAUGCGCUGUUUCUUCCCUUACUGUACACAAGCUGGGCAUCAUUCACAAGUGAUAAAAAAUCAUUCACAAGUGAUAGGCUAAUAUUGUCACCCAUCAGACUAUUCUUGAUUUAGUCAAAUACAAAUUCAAAUUCAAGCUGCUUUAUUGGCAUGAAAAACAUUGCAUCAAUAUUGCCAAAGCAACAAUGUAUACAAUAUACAUUGUAAUAAAAUAAUAAAGAAUAACAAAUAAUAAUGUAAAAUGGCAGUAAAUAAUAAUAAGAAUAAAAAAAUAACAACAAUAAAAUGGUAACAGUCAAUAGUAGUCUUGUCUUUACAUAUACUAAAUAAUAUAUGUGUGAAAUUAGUUUUGAUUUAGAAUGGACCAUUAUCAUGCACCUGUCUCGGAACAUUGGAAAAAAAUACAUAAUCUAUGCACUUAAAUAGUGAACGGAGGACACUUUUCCCGUGGUUAUUUUCAUGCCAACCAGGUAGGCUUUACUCCUGUUGUAAAGCGAAGCAAUGUGCUUAAUAUUAGUCAAGUUGAGAAAUAAAUAUAGUAGGCCUAGCCUAUAGAAAGCUGAUGGGAUCCUCCUCUUUUUAAUAGAGGCCAUCAAAAUUCUGUUUUCUCACGCUAUUGCAUAGCCAACAUAAAUGUUGCGCAACAUGAGCUCAUGGGUUCUCAUGAAGUGUUUGACUUAAUUUUCGAUCACAUUUGCAUUGAUGUCAGAGGGAUUAGAUGGAGAAUAGAGUGCUGGGUACCAGGCAGUCAGCAUCAGAGCUUGGAGAAGCCUAGUUACCGUGACUAAAUGGUCACGUGGAAUAUGACUGCUGUCAUGACGCGUGACCGCCGGUGUGGUGGUAAUAAGGUCACCUUAACAGUCCUACACCCACCUGCCCGACUGGCUGCCCUGCUCGCUGUGACCUUGUGGGUAGUCAUAAUCAGUGGAGGUCAGGCAUCUCUCUCUCCCUCUCUCGCUCUCUCUCUCUCUCUCUCUCUCUCUCUCUCUCUCUCUCUCUCUCUCUCUCUCUCUCUCUCUCUCUCUCCUCCUCUCUCCUCUCUCUCCUCUCUCUCUCUCUCUCUCUCUCUCUCUCUCUGUCUGUCUGUCUAUCUGUAUCUCUGCCUCUCUGCAUUCCUGCCUGCCUGUCUGGUUGUGUGUCUGCCUGCCUGCAUUCCUGCACACUAACGUUGUUAAUGUUAGCUAGUAAACGUAGCUCACCCUGUAGGCUAGCUCAGCCUAUCCCAGCUCAGCUCUCCCUCCGCUGGGGACCCUGUAGGCGUGCUCAGCCUAUCCCAGCCCAGCUCUCCCUCCGCUGGGGACCCUAUAGGCGUGCUCAGCCUAUCCCAGCCCAGCUCUCCCUCCGCUGGGGACCCAGCCACUCCUGUGGGCUUGGACAUGACAUGCAGUGGGGUAAUGUGA